UGUUAACUUAAGGUAGGUCUGUUUUAAACUAAAAUGCCACCAAAAAAGAAAGGCAAAGGUAAAGGAAAGAAGGCUGCGGAAGAGAAACCUGAAACAUCUCAACCAACAGAUGAAGGUUUGGGUCCAUCGGACCGUGAAGUUUUACUUCAAAAAGAAUGUGAUGGAUUGACUUCUGAUCUUAGUCGAUUAAAGCAAGAGGUUGAUGAACUGAGAAAAGAAAAUGAAUUUCUACAAGAAGAAGCUCAACAAACAAGGAUAGAAAGUCAUGAGUACAUGUCAUAUAUGGCCAAGAAAACUCACAAGCGUCAAACUACAAUAAUAUCACUCAGCGAUCAAAACGAAAGAGAACUCGACAAAAUAAACCGACAGAAAGAAUUAAUGCUGGCUGAUUAUGAAGAGAAAAAAACUGCACUUAAAACUUCAUUACUUGAGAAAGAAAACUUGCUGGCAAAAGCAAAUAAAGAGUUUCAAGAUCUUGCUGAGUACAGAGAGCUAAGGGAAGAACAAUUAAAGAAAAUAAAACAACUUGAACGUGAAGUUUUACGGAUGCGUGGAAAACACUCGGAUACAAUUCAACAACUGAAGUCACAAUUUCUUCAAGAAAAAGCUGAAUACACGGACGAAUCAGAGGAAAAAAUACAGGAGCUUGCAAAGGAAGCUAAUAAAAAAGCUGUUCUUUGUCUCGCUGAACACGCAGACAGUAUCAAGCAAGAAAACCGAACGUUGAGAGCAGAAUUGCUUGAACUUAUUAAAAAAAGUAGAAUAUUGAACCAACAUAAAAAAAAACUGGAAGAUCAGAAACAUGAAUUACUUCGAGAAAAACAAUACAGUGAAGACAUCAGGCGAUUACGAGGUGUGCGGCAGACGAAAGUGAUGAAGCAGUUAGAAGAUGCUGUAAAUAGAGAGUUUUCUUGAAGUUUGUUCUGCCGUGUGCAAAUACCUUUUACAUUUUUCUUGUAUGUUGUGAUUUUAAUAAAUGUUAAAUCGAAAUCGGA